AUGCCAGUGGUCCCCACCGUCGAAGAAAUUGAAGAAUAUCUCGAAUCGUUGGAAGAACUCUUGUUCUCAUCUCUUUCCAUCCCAGAGGUUCCCAGCGUGCGCGAAGCCGUCAAUCGGCUAUGGCUUGAUAUAUCACGAUACGGCCCAAGCAUUCCCUCGCUUCAGGAAGGGCUACCGACUCUGGGUGUGUUCCAGGUUCCUCCGCCUCCACCGCCUCCACCGCCUCCGCCGUUGCCCGAAUCGUUGUUCUCGCACCCUCUUGCAUGGGCCGCGCAAAACCCUUGGAAAGCAUCGGGAUUAGCUGUGGGAAUCGUCGGCACUGGCUUGUUUGUAGGCUAUAGCAGUUCUCUCCGAAGAGCUAGUUUGUCUCGAAAGAAGUUGAAGGCUUCGUCGAAUGAACGGCGCCAGGUCGUUGUGGUCCUUGGAGGUGACCUACCCCUUGGGUUGCCGCUGAUCAGGGAAUUGGAGAACAAAGGGUACAUCGUGAUUACCAGUGUUACUACGCCGCACGCUGUCACUGAAAUUGAAUCGCAAUGCAAUGGAUAUGUACGGGCACUGAUUCUCGAUCCAUACGAACCUGCCACCAUUCCUGUAUUUCUCCGUUCCCUGACAUCCACUCUUGCGCGCCGAUUCCCCUUGACAGCAUCAGGCGAUCUCUACGCGUCGGCGCGGUCCCAUCCUUACAUACACUCCGUCAUCUCGCUCCUUACCCUUAUGGAGCCAGUCUUCUCUGCUCCGCUGGAACAGAUAGCGCUACACAUAGACUACCUACCGUACCUCACUGCUACACACAUUACGCCGCUGCAAGUUUUCCAAUGUCUCUUGCCCCUCCUGCGCACUGGUGCCGCCGCUGCUCAAGACAAGGGGAAGAAGACCAUGAUCGUUUGCCUCCCUGUUACGGCUGCACGCGUUGGCCUACCCUUUGCUUCCAUGCAGGCCAUGGCUUCAGCAGCCACGCUACGGGGGAUCGAAGUCCUUCGUCGCGAAAUCGACGUGGCAGCGCUCACCGACAAGACUGAGUCCAUGAAGAAUAUCAAGGUGGUAGCUGUCGAUGUCGGCGCGUUCGAUCUCGAAACGUCCGUAGGACCCCUCCCACCCCACGAUGUCUACAGAGCCAUGGAAGGAUGGAGCGCUUCCGAGAAGAUGGUUUAUGGGCCUGCAUAUGCAUCGCUGCUGCACCAAAUACCUCGUCAACCUCGCCGUAGUAAUUGGCUGCCGGACUUCUGGAGUCGAGACCACCUCCCGUUGACAAGAAGCGGCGCUGGCGUGCAUACCUUCGUCGAGGCUUUAGCCAGUAUCGUGAGCGAUGGCCGCAUUGGCUUGUAUCUGUUUGGUUUGGGCCCUGUCCUUCGGAGACUACACAGCCGUAUGGUUGGCAAACGAAUUGUCGUUGGAGCUGGUGCUAUGACAUACAAACUGGCUUCUUACCUCCCGACAACCCUCCUGGACACGCUUUUGAUCAUCCCGCAUUUCUUGAUCUCUGUUCGGAACUCCCUGUUACCUAUGGAGCCCUUCGUUCAGCCCCCGGAGACACCCGCGAAUCCGCCACCUGGUCGUUUGCUUUCAGACAGUGAGCACGAAGACAUUUCCGAAGACAGUUCCGAUGCCGACGCGGAGUGUUCGCCAGAAAGUACAUCUGAGAGCUGGGUAAGCUUGAAGGACGAAACGGCCGACCAGAAAUGA